AAAAGAAGAAAAAACAACUAAUAUAAUUCUAUCAUCACAAAUUCGUCGCACUGAUUUUUCUAUUGUGCAUUCUUCUCUUUGUUAGACUUAUUUACACGCCAAGUCACACCCUUGUAAAUUUAUUCAUAGUGUUACGUGACGCCCCUGUCUGAUCGUUAUUACUUCCUCGUAUAAUUAUUGUAUAAUUGAUCGACUAAAAAAUAUGCUGGCAAGCAACGUAUUUCACCUGCUUCCCAGCAGUUCGAAGGCAACGCAAAGUUCGCUUGAAUUUAUGCAUGGCCUGAUAGAAAUUCGUCGCACAUAUCAAGAUUCAGAUUCAAACUAUUGUUUCAUUCGUACUGCAGGAUCACAACGAAACGAUGGGAUAUGGACCUCCUGCAGGGAACAUUCAGAUCUCUUUAGCUAAUGGGAACAUCAUGAAGAUUCCUUUAGCGAGUAUCAAUAUCAGCGAAGAAGUGAAUAAAACUGGUAUCUGGCAACAAGUCAAUGAAGGCAACGAAAAAACGAAACAGUCAAAAUCACUAAUCAAUGUGGGAAAACAAAAGAAGCAUCCAAAGAAGGACAACGCGUUGAUGGCCGACGAGACAACGAGACUGACGACAAUGACCGAAGAGGACGAAGAUGACAGUGGGAUCUCGAUCAAGGUGACACACGUAAAUGACUCUAAAUUCUAACUACCAACACCAUCACCAAAUAACCGACAAUUCAUAUGGCAAGACACACAGCAAGAGCACCAAUAUACCGGCAUGCAACAUAUCCCAUGCACCGCUGCUGUGAGUAAAUUUACAAACGAGGAUGGCAUGACAAUCCUCGUCGAGUCGACGUAAAAAACAAAUUCAGACGCGGACGACUCAUUGUAGAAAACAUGGAUUUUCAUAGACGACAAAAAUUAUUUUUUAUUACAU